AUGUACCCGUCUGCAGAGCGCAAGGGUCGCGGCAAAAAGUUGGCGAAGUCAGAUGAGCAAAACGAACCGGGACAGUCAACAUUGCUCAUGUACGAUACUUGUGCGGAGAUCUCAACUAUGGUUGGAGUGAAGCAGGCCAGGCUCACCCAUAGUGGAAUGCCUGUUGUAGCUGGCAACAAUUGUAACGACAACAAACUGUUCAUAAAUGACAUGCCGUUUCUGGUGGAGCGACGAAGUCUCGGUGAGUCUCUGAAAAGCGCUAUUGAUAUCACUGACGAUGAGCUGGUGAUGAACGCGUCAGUGCUCAUCGACGCAUUGGAAGGCCGUUUGAAACUCGUCCCGAUGCCUGACAGCAAUCCAUUCGCUCGCUUCGUAGCAGCAAAAACGGUUAGACAUCGAUCGAAUGCACCCAUUGGAGAUGGUGGAACCCACGAUGAGAACUAUGUAUGCGGUAAG